UCCCUUAAAAACGAUGGUCGCCGGCGAGAACCACGACUCCGGCAUCGCUGCAAAACUAAUCAAUCAAGGCAUCAUCAAAGUCACCGAUGAUCACCGGCAACCUUCUAUCCUUCCCCUUUCGAACUUCGAUCGCCUCAUGGGUGGCUUCCCGGUCACCAUCUUCUACGCAUACCGCAAGCCAUCCACCGGAGACUUCGAUUCCAUCGUAGCAGCCAUCAAAACCUCCCUCUCAGAAACUCUCACUCACUUCUACCCAUUCGCCGGACGAAUCGUGCGCAAUUCUGCGACAGGUGAGGCCGAGAUCCUAUGCAACAAUGCGGGCAUCAACUUCAUGGAAGCCAGAGCUAGUGUUCCAUUAGCUACCCUUGACUUCCAUGACCAAAACCAAUCUAUAAGAAAGGUUUUGCUUCCAGUUCUACCCGAGCAUCCUCUUAGCGUGCAGGUCACCGGCUACACAUGCGGUGGCUUCUCCGUCGCUUGGUGCUUCGACCACCGUCUGGCAGACGCCACCGCCUUCAUCAAAUUCUUGAACUCAUGGUCUCAAAUUGCUCGAGCUGAGCAAGUUUCAUCAGUAGCCAUAAACCACGACCGGUCCAUCUUCCGUCCGAGAUCACCGCCGCUGUACGGCCCAUCAGUCGGCCGGACUUACACCGUGUGCACUAUGGACGAUAUCCUCAGCAUGCCACCUAAUGGAAUCUCCCAGAAGCGUUCGUACUACGUGGAAGGCCCAUGCCUCGAACGCCUACGGGAAGCUUCGAGCAGAGGAGUCUCCAAGAGAACCAGAACGGAGGCUCUGUCGGCGUACCUGUGGAAGGUCAUGGCAAGAGCAUGCGGUGGUGGCGACUCCAAUAACCGUUGCAAAAUGGGGUGGUUGAUCGACGGACGGCGAAGGAUGGCCGCGAGGAAUCAUGAUGAUUCCAUGUCGAAUUAUGUCGGCAACGUCGUGUCGAUCGCCGUCGGAGAAGAAAGUGCACAAGAAUUGAAGCAUCGGCCGUUAUCACAUGUGGCAGGGAUCGUUUCGGGUGCAAUCACAGAGGCUGCUAACGAUGGUCAUUUCUUGGAUUUGAUCGACUGGAUCGAGUGCCACCGGCCGGGGAUGAUGCUGCCGGAGCUUUUGCUGGGACUUAGGGUGCCGGCGCUCGUGGUGUCAUCUUGCCACAAUAUGCCGGUGAUGGCCGUGGACUUUGGGUUCGGCCGGCCGUCUCUUGGCAUGUUUUAUUCCACAGUGGAUCAGAUUGGAGCUGGCUAUGUGAACUUGGUUUCAAGUGGAAGGGAGGAUGAAGGUUGGCUCGUGUCGACGUUUAUAUGGCCGGAGUUGGCUGACGCUUUGGAGUCGGAUCCUGACCAUGUCUUCCAGCCCAUCACCGCCGAUCAUCUUGGCCGGUCUCAGCGAAACUUUUGGACCCAAGCUCAACUCAGUUUGCAAAUUCGCCCAACAUACGCGGCGCAGGUCCAUCCCAAUUAAUGCACGCUUGGCAAGCGUGGCUUCAGCAUCAAGUGCAAGAUAGGAUGGCUGGUUGAUGGGCGAGCUAUAAGAUGGGUUAUCG